UCACCGAAAUUCAUGCAGUCACCGGCGAUUGAAUCCUACAGGGGUUGGUGGACCAUUCCGUAUUACUCUUGCAAAAGUCAUCGCUGGUUGAUCUCCUACAGCGUCAACAUAUUGCCGCUGGACGCUCGACAUGGGGUUCGAGAAUUUCUAAGCGUGGAUAUUGAUAUAAGCGGUCUGGAAGUGAACCAGUGCGAUGGGUCAUCGCAGCAAUACGAAAAUGAGAUUCUGAGCAAUCAGAUAGCAUCGUUUAAGGGUACUCAUAAAUGUCAUAACGACACCACGCAGUGUGAAUAUGGAACUCCAUAUAAUGGUGGCGUCGGUAGUAGAUGGGCUAAGGGUGCGUACGUGUGUAAAUGUCGGAAGGGCUAUUACAGCCCGAGUCAACAUCGAUCUGGCUUUGAUGGGAUUCUCGUUGAAGCCGCAUGGAAAGAGAUGCAAGGGAACGUGAGCGACUCCUAUGCAAAGGUAUUUCGUUGCUUACGUUGCGCGCCCGGUUGUGCCAUGUGCAAGGGGCCCGAACCGUGCUUAGCUACUUACCAUUGGCCAUUUAGAAUCACCCUUCUAUCAUUUUCCAUAUUCUGUGUGUUCGGUACCAUCGUGUUGGUGGCAUAUAUGUAUAAACAUCGCAAGCUCAAAGUGUUCAAGGUUGCUUCACCGAUAUUUCUGUCCAUCACGCUGUUAGGUUGCGCUAUUAUGUACCUCGAAAUGGCCGCCAUAUUUCCUGUUUUGGAUAUGUACACGUGUAUCGCCACGAAGUGGACGAGACAUCUUGGCUUCUGUAUUUCUUACACGGCGUUGUUGAUGAAAACAUGGCGAGUUUCGCUCACUUACCGUGUCAAAAGCGCACACAAAGUCAAACUCACGGACAAACAGCUGUUGCAGUGGAUGGUUCCGAUAUUGUUAGUUAUGUUAAUUUACCUUGGCACAUGGACGCUAAGUGCACCGCCAUACGCCGAAGUGAUAGCGGACAACUAUGGUCUAAAGUUUUAUCAAUGUUCGUUCAAUUGGUGGGAUCAUAGUUUAGCAAUUGGAGAAAUUAAGUUCCUUGCAUGGGGUAUUAAGGUGUGUUACAACGUUCGUAAUGCAGAAAGUCUUUUCAACGAGGCCCGUCUAAUAAGCUACGCAAUUUACAACAUUGCAGCUGUGAAUAUAACCAUGAUCGCCAUUCACGUUUUCAUUUUUCCUCAUGCCGGGCCGGAUAUCAAAUAUUUGCUGGGAUUCUUACGCACACAACUUUCCACUUCUGUAACAAUAUUUGUCGUAUUUGGACCCAAGGUGUUUCGGGUGUUACGAGGUCAUGGCGAUCAAUGGGAUAGCCGAGCAAGAGCACGCGGUGUUACAGCAAGCUUUUCGUUAAAUGGAGCUGGCCUGCUACCUGAGGAAACCACAGAUUUAAUUCAAGAAAACGAAGAACUUAAGGAGGAGAUUCAGAAUCUAGCGGCGCAAAUCGAGUACAUGAAGAUCGUGCAUAUGCAGAUGUAUAAUCGCCACCUGAAACCGAAGGCCGGUGGAUACUUCAGUACCCAUGGCCACGGACACUCUCAUCCGUCCUCGGCGCAGAGUCCCAUCGCCAAGAGUUCGACGGCCAGUUUCAUAUUGAAACAGACAGCCGUGGAGCGAGGAGCGAGCGCGGCCGCAGCUGCCGCGGUUGAGGAUUCAACAUUCCCGUCUGGGAGCUUGCACAGGGCACGCAGGGCGGAGAUCCUGAAGGAGAGAAAAGCGGAAAGAGAGAGGGGUCGGGAGAGGGAACGGGAGAAAGAAAGAGAGAAGGAAAAGAAGGAAAAAGAAAAGGAAAAGGAGAUGGGGGAAGUGAAAGAACAAGAAAAGGUGAAGGAGGAUAAGGAGAAGAAGAAGGAAAGCGAGAAAGUAGAGGAAAAUGUCAAGGAGGUGCAAAAAGAGAAGGAAAACGAACAGCAGAAGGAAAAGGAGAAGGAAAAGGAAAAAGAAAAAGAACCGCAGGUGAAAGCACAAGGAGAAAAUCUAGAAAUAAGUGGAGGGAAUGUCUGA